AUGGCUCACUCCGGAGCUCAAGGGAGCAUAGGAAGCCACCCUCCCCCCACGUACAUGCGCAACUACAAAAUCUGCUUCUUUGAGUAUGAGAACUUCCAGGGCCGCUGCAUAGAGCUGAACGGAGAGUGUCGGAACCUCGGCGAGCGUGGGCUGGACAGGGUGCGCUCCAUCCGUGUGGAAUGUGGAGUCUGGAUGGGCUACGAAUUCCAGAAUAUGAAGGGGGAGAUGUUCAUGCUGGAAAAGGGCGAGUACCCCCGAUGGGACUGUUGGUCCAACAGCUACCGGAGUGACUGUUUCAUGUCUGUCAGGCCUGUGCGAAUGGACCCCCAUGAUCACAGAAUCUGCCUGUUUGAAGGCAUGAAUUUUGAUGGCCGAAAGAUGGAGGUCUGUGAUGAGGACAUACCUAGCCUGUGGUCCUAUGGAUUCCAUGACCGGGUAGCUAGCAUCCAGGUCACCGGAGGAACGUGGGUAGGGUACCAGUAUCCAGGUUACCGUGGAUACCAGUAUGUAUUUGAAUGUGGAGCUUACAAACACUGGAAUGAGUGGGGUGCUCAACACCCCCAGAUCCAGUCCAUCCGCCGUGUGAGAGACAUGAUGACACACCGUCGUGGCUGCUUUGAGUUUACUGCAUAGAAGACAACAAGAUUCCCACCUGGAAUGGAGGCCAACAUUUCCAUGGACCUCCAAGGCACCAGCUGCUGAACCGUGCUGAUGGUGAGGCUACCUGUGGAUGACUGGCUGUAGCCCCAGCAGAAAAAAUAAUUUGUAUUUAUUAUUCAUUUAGACACACUUUUUGAGUCAGGGAAUGUAUUUGCUCCUAGGCAUACCAUAUUUAAAAUGUGAAAUGUGUUCAUUUUAUAGUUUUUUUUAGUUUUUGCCUGCGUAUAUGCACCAUUUUUUAAACAAUAAGCAGCAUCACUCAAAGGGGCAUAUUCAUUUAGAUACUUUUUCCUGCAGUUUUAACAAACACUAAUGAAAAAAUAACAUAGAUUUCCAAACAAUCAAUAAAAAACACAGCUUCAUCUGUUCCCAUGACAGCCCCAUAGUGUGCACAAUCCUCCACAGAGGGCACUGUUUCCUGAACACACUUUCAAGGGAAAUCACUUCAGACACAAACUGUGUACAAUCAAGGGUCAUGUGAGGCCUCCUUGGCCUCCCCGAGGCCUGCCUGCCUGUCAGUCCAGUCCACACACCAUGGUGACUGAAAUGAAGAGGACAAAAAGGAGGGAUGGUCCAGGGUGUUCGGUAACCAAGAGCCUCAUGGCUGCUGUGUCCUUGCUAAGUUCCUACAUGUAAAAACUUUGGGAAGUAGCAUUUACCUUUGUGACUGGCUGUUCACAAAGAGCCCUGUUUCACUGUAACUUUCUCAGGGAUCCUAAUAUCUAGAAAGCAAACGGGUGUAAAGUUUAAUCUUUUUAUUAAUUUAGUAAAAGUACAAAUAAACAUGAAAAAACAACUGUGAUGGUAGGUAGAAACAACUUUUCCUCAUUGUCAUUAUUAUUUCUUUUGUAGCUGAUUAUGUGAACUAUGAUUUAGAUGUGUUGUUUCUGAGUAAAAGUCAGACAUCACUGACUGGGAGAAACCAAGGAUUUCAGAUUAGCCCUACUAUAAGUACAAUCAUAAUGGUACAAGUACUACCUGCUUAAUACAACUCACCCUUGGACAAACUUUUAUAUAAUGUCUCUA